AUGGUGCUGCUGGAGGCGCUGGCCGCAAGGCUGACGGACAUUUGGGCAGAGAUCCAACGUGACGCUCCGAUCGAUGUUCGAGCACAGGCGGCGCUUAUCGUCAUCAUCGGCAUAGUUCUCACUGUGGUGGUGCCCUGGUACGACGAGCUCUCGAAGAAAGGCUCGGGAGACAACAGCGCCGACGCCCAGGGCCCGCCUGCAGCUGCUGCGAAGCAGCCGGUAGCCGAGGAACCUUCGGUGGAGCCGCCAGCUCCCAUCCGUUCAGUAGGGGCGCAGGCCCACUCAACUUCGCUGGGUGCCAAGGGGCGCACGGUGGAGCCACUUUUCACCUUCGAGGGCUGUGCUUUCGACGGUGACCGCAUCGUCAACAUCAGAGAAAAUCCGCAUUGCUUUACGCACCAGCUGGGCGGAGCCAUUAGCAUCGCCUUCACAGCCAGGUGGGAUGCCUUCCAGCUGAGGAGCCGCAUCUUAGACUUCGGGGAUGGUCCCGGGGUCGACAACAUCGUGAUCGGCAACUUGGAGAAGGGGAGGACACUUUUGGUGGAGGUGUACCGGGGCCCUUCCAAGAAGAGGAUGCUGAUGCCGGGUUCGCUCAUGCUUGGUGAGACAAACUCCUACCUCCUCAGCAUCAGUGAGACUGGGCACAUGAGGAUGCUGCGGGAUGGAGAUCAGCUAGGCGUUCAGCCUCAGGGCUUUGCUCCGCGGUCGGUGGAGCGGCGGAAGCUCCUCGUAGGUGGGUCCAACUCGACCGGUGACGAGAACUUCGAGGGAGACAUCCGCGACUUGCGGAUUUGGCGUGGCGAGGUUAGCUGGCCAGAGGCCUUCCCCGAUCAGCCCGGGGGACCGCCGGCGGUGGUGGUGGCGGCGGCGGCGCCGUCUCACCGCGUGCCGGCUGUGGAGCCCAAGGUGGCGAAGGAAGAAAUCCGACUUGAGGAGGACGGCGAGGAGGAGGUGCCAGAGGCCCAUUUCGCAGACGCGGACCCCGAAGUGGAGGCGGCCGAGGAGAUCCCAGAGCCGGCCGGAGAAGCGGAGCCACGGCAGGAGGAGCCCGUGAUCGAGGAGAGACCACAGCCAUCCGCAGCCGCAGAGGAGCUGGAUGAGGAGGACGGCUGGACCGUUGCAAAGCCAACCCGGAAGGCUGACCGCAAGAGCAGAGCGGCCGAGGUGAAGUCCAGUGCGAACCGGUCUGCAAAGGCAGACAGGGAGCCCAGGGAGCACAGGGAGCCCCGAGAGCCUCCGGCGGCGAAAGCCGAGAAGACUCCUCCACGGGCCCCCGCACCGGCGCCCAAAGUGGCGGAGACCUUCGAGGAGAAGGUGAAAGAUGUGCCAGUCAAGCCCGAGAAGGCCGAAAAGACCGAGAAGGCCGCGCCGAAGAAGCGCGGCGGGAAGGCCUGGGCCGACAUACCGCCUGAGGGCACUCCGCCGCCCUCGCCGCAACCGGCAGAGCUGACAGUGUCAGUGAAGCCUGCUUUGCCCGAGACGACGGGCGAGCCAGAGUCCGGGAUGAUGCCCAUUAGCGAGAAGACAGCUGAUGACCCCGAUGAUGGGUUUGAGUUCCUCGUUGGCAAGAAGCGGAAGCCCAAAGCGCGGGCAGCCGAGGCGCGGACGUCCCGGAGCGGCAGUGACAGUGCUGCCGAUAGUUUGGGCAGAGCAGCAGCACCAGCAGCACCGGCAACACCGCCAGCCGAAGCACCAGCAGAAGCAGCAGCCGAAGCAGCAGCUACAGCAAAAGCGGCCGAGCCAGCAACGCCGGCGCCAGAGGCGCCCGCGAUGCUGAAGGAGACCCCUGCGCCGAUCGCGGAAGAUGCGAAAGGCCCCGACGAGCCUGUGCAGGAGGAGAAAGAGAAGGUGUCGCAGCAUGCUUCAACCUUGUCGCCGCUUGAGAAGGAGUUGAUGCGCAUGGAGAAGAAGAGCCGCGAGGUCGAGAAGCUCAAGCAGAAACACGAAGGCGGAGAGGAGCUGGACACCUUGCAGAUGGAAAAGCUGCAGAAAGGUCCUGAAAUUGCGCGGAAACUUGCAGAGCUGCAACUCAAGAAGGCGCUGCAAAGCGCGGCCACCUUCAGCGAGCGCCAGGACACUGGAAGCCCUGAGCCUUGGGACAAUCUUCAGGAGAUGCAGAAGCCGCCCACGGAGGCGCCCUCUCUGGGAACUUCUGUCACGAUGGGAAGGACUCCACUCAGAGCUCCGCGAGAAACGCCGCUCUGGAGGCCAAGCCCCAGCACGGAGCCAGCCGAGUCGAUGAUGAUGAUGAGCGGUGGCUGUGGCUGCGCGCCGAACGGCUUUGACCCUGGACCAGCCGGUGAUGCCAUGACCUUCCAGCCGAUGUCCUCCAUGCAGCCGAUGCAUCAGAUGGAGAUGGCGGUUGCUGAUAUGCCUGCGGCAGAGGAAACGUGGGACGUUUGCUGGGAGUGGGUCCAAAAUGGCUACUGCCCGAGAGGGGAGACGUGCAGGUGGCAGCACCCUCCGCUGCAGCUUCCGAACGGAAGCAUCCUCUUCUGGCAGGGCAGCGAGGCUGCGCAAAGCGGCGAAAUGGUCGUCAUGGCGGUUCCUGCCGGAGAUUUCGGCGCCAUGCCCUGCAACGGAGGUCCGGUCAACUUCAGUGGUCCCUACAGCGGCGACGGCGUUAGCUUCGUCGGGCAGGGCGGAUGCUGCGGCUGUGGAGGGUGCUGUGGAGGCUGCCCCGGCUGUGGUGGUUGCGUGCCAUGUGGCGGCUGCUGCGGAUGCGGACCGGGUUGUGGCGAUGUGUGCAUGGGUGGGCCCUGCACGCCUUGUGGGCCCUGCACGCCAUGCGGCUGCGAGGGCAGCUGUGGCUGUGGAUGUCCCGUCGGCGGCUGCGUGACCGGCGGCUGCAUGCCUUGCUCGGGUCCUUGUGGGCCAAGUUGCCCAGGUUGCGGGCCUUGUGGGCCUUGUGGAGCCUGUGGCAAUGGCUGCAGCCUUCCAUGUGGUGCACUGGUUCCAGACAGCCCCACCUUCGAAGGCGCCCGCAAGGAAGAUGGCAGCCCGGCGGCGCGAUGA